CCCACAAAUACAAGCUUACAACCAAAUUUUUAUUCCAUUUAAUUUUUCAAUUUUUUUUUUUUGAAACAUUUCAAUUUUUUAAUUUAUUCUCUGUGUUUGAAACAAAAAGAGUCAAAGGCUUUAGUCAAUCCUUUCUUUCUGCCCUAUGCCUAAACAGUAAACACCCACAUGGCCACAUAAACCCAAAAUACUUAAAAAAAUAAAGGAGUAUAAAAUAAAUUAUUUUUAAAAAAUAAAAUAAUAAUCAGAAAAUUGUCCCUUGAGAACCUGUGAAAUGGUCUCUUCACAAACGACUUUUUGCUCUGCAACACAAAAUCUAAUUUCCCCUUUUUUUCAUUUAUAUAUUUAUAAUUAUCCAUUUUUAGCACUACUUCUCUCUCUACUUUCUCUCUCUUCUUCUUCGUCUUCCUCAAAAAAUCCAAAUUCCUGAGAAUUAGGGUUUUACAGAGAGAUUUAUGCUCUUCGAAUGUUGUUGUAAUGGAGGUUUCAACGAAGCAAUUCGAUGAUCAAAAUCAGCUUGCGAUUAUGGAGGAAAACGACGACGACGAUUUCAGCGCCGGAGGUGAAAGCGCCGGCGAAGAUGCGCAUGUUAGCAUAGCGAUUCCUGGUAAUGCGAGUAGACCUGCUUCUUCUGCUGCUGCUGCUGCAGUGAGGUGUUCAUCUUCAUCUCCGCUAAUUCGGAAGAGAACUAGUGAGCUUACAAUCGCGUUCGAAGGCGAAGUGUAUGUUUUCCCUGCUGUUACACCUGAUAAGGUGCAAGCUGUUUUAUUACUCUUGGGAGGGCGUGAUGUAUCAGCUAGUGUACCUACAUCAGAGUUUCUACUCCAGCAGCAUCAUAUGGCACUAGGUGAUCCUUCAUGUGGCCAAAAAAUCUCUCAUAGAAUUGCGUCUUUGGUUAGAUUUCGAGAAAAGAGGAAAGAAAGAUGCUAUGAUAAGAAAAUUCGCUACACAUGCCGGAAAGAAGUUGCUCAGAGGAUGCAUCGGAAAAAUGGACAAUUUGUAUCAUUGAAGGAUCGGUACAACUUGGCUGCUGUAAAUUGGGAUCCUAAUGAUGGUACUCCACCUCCAGAAUGUGUCCCACGCAGUUGUCAGCACUGUGGAACCAAUGAAAAGUCUACACCAGCUAUGCGUAGAGGCCCAUCAGGUCCAAGAACCCUUUGUAAUGCUUGUGGGCUUAUGUGGGCAAAUAAGGGAACACUGAGAGAUCUUUCAAAGGCAGGGAGGAUUAUACCAUUUCAGGGUGACCUGGACACUCCAAGUGAUGUAAAGCCUCUGGCCAUUGAGCCUGACAGUUCCUAUGGCAAUCAAGAAACGCAGAAAAGCCCAGAGGAGGCAAAGCCUUUCACUUCUGAAUCAGGAAAAACCUCUACUAGGGAGGAUGAACAGGAUUUGCUAGAGAAUGACGAAGCAGUAACAAAUGAUUCUGCUGUCUCAUUGCAAAAUGCAUCAGUCAGUGUCACUGAACAGGAAGCUAUAGAAGAAGUUACCAAUGGUUCUGGAACAGAGUUUGAGAUUCCUUCUGGCUUUGACGAGUCAAUGGGAGCUUUCUACUGACUUAAAACUUAUUGGGAACACAUUUUUCAUCUGGGCUGCGAUGGCUAGCACUGCACAAGUAGUUGGUACAUGUUAUUAUUUAGUAAUUAACACCUCAUCAACUUACAGGAUUUUGUGAAGCAAAUUUUCCAAUCUGUUGUUUGUAAGAGGACUACCUGCCCUUAUUACAAACAAUAGAUUUGAGGCUGUAUGUAACAACAAAAGAUUUAUUUGUUUACCAAUUUUAACCUGUCAUAUACUGAGCCUAAAGGUUUGUGUAAAAGUUUUCCGCUUCA